UUUAUUUGGUAUGCAGGUGGUAUGCUGCACGCGUUGACCUCGAGGUGAAGGGCACGCUACAGACUAUAAUUUACUAGCUUCCAGAUAUCUUUUUUACCGUCCUUCCUUUGUUUCCUGAUCUCAUUAUCUUCAAGUAUCGAGCAGAGCAGACGGUCAGAACGAUAAACGAUGGUCUUUGGUCUAUUCGCUCGCAAGCUCGAUCCUUCAUCCAAUACCCAACUACAUACACCCUCGACAUCUCCCUCAAUUUCUCACACAGAACCCCCUUCUUCCUCUCCCCAGCCCAAUUCUCACUCCCCCGAACCCGAGCUCGAGCCUCAGCCCGAGGUAACAGACCCAACAGCCCUCUAUGACCUCAUACGUUCCGUCCCUCAAACCUUCCAUCACCACCACCGCCCUCCCCACACACACUCACCAUCCUCUCCCAUUUCUCCUGCGACCAAUCCCCGUCACCCCAAGUCCAUUGCGUGCGCUGCCACGUAUCCUUCGAUCUUUCAAACAUGGACACAUCUUGCUGCAUCGAUGGUGAGGGUGCACUCGUUGAUCGCUCGGCGUAUCAGACGGUGUGGAGCUGCUGUGAGGGAAGUGUCGGGGUGGUGCUAUAAGGGAAGACAUACAACAGACAUCUAAUGUGUGCGCUUCCUCCAGAUUCAUCCAUCCACGACGAUAACAUAGUCCCACGC